AUGACAAGUACUCUAUUAUAAUACACUCAAAAUAAGAGAAAACUGGCUCUAAUCUGGAACCAUAUCACAGCUUUUCUUCUCUGUUUCCCUCUCUAACAUUAAUUUCUUUCUGAAAGGCAGACAGAUAAUUGAAUGAAUGCAAUGUUUCUUGCUUUUCUUUCCUCCUCCUCCUCCUCCUCCUGAAGAAUGACUGAAGAUUUGUGUUUCUUCAACAAGGAUGCAUUGGUUAUAAAGGGUCCUAAGAAAUCUCCAUUGUUAUUGAGACUGGUGGUCGUGGCUUUUGCUAUGGUCUGUGGAGUUUAUAUCUGCUCAAUAUGUAUAAAGCAGAUAAGUCCACACACAACAGCCAAGUUCCUCAACAUCAGAAUAUUCGAUCAGCCAUGUAAUUCUUCAAAUGUUGAGGAAUGGGAAAAGCCCUAUGUGCAUUACCCCAAGCCUGAAACGUUUAGCAGGGAGGAAUGUGCCUGCAACCCAGUAAGGUUUUUUGCCAUAUUCUCUAUGCAGAGAUCUGGAAGUGGAUGGUUUGAAACAUUGUUAAAUAGUCAUAUUAAUGUUAGCUCGAAUGGAGAAAUAUUUGGGAAGAGAGCAAGAAGGGCGAGUGUUUCUGCAAUUACACAAACUUUGGAUAGAGUUUACAAUCUUGAUUGGUUCAGUAGUGCUUCCAAGAAUGAGUGUAAUGCUGCUGUUGGGUUCAAAUGGAUGCUUAAUCAGGGCGUGAUGGAACAUCACGAGGGUAUAGCAGAGUACUUCAAGCAGAAUGGAGUUCAUGCAAUAUUCCUCUUUAGAAGGAAUUUGCUCCGCAGAAUGAUCUCUGUACUUGCAAAUUCCUAUGACAAAAGCAACAAGCCACUGAAUGGAACCCACAAGUCUCAUGUCCACUCAUCAAUGGAGGCCGAAGUUCUUGCGAAAUACAGGCCGACAAUAAAUGCCACGACACUGAUAGCUGAACUGAAGCAUGUAGACGAUAGGGCUACCAGGGCCAUAGAUUAUUUCAAGAGCACUCGUCAUACUGUUGUUUACUAUGAAGAUGUCGUCGGUAACCGCACAAAACUGAAAGAGGUUCAAGACUUCUUGAGGUUGCCAUAUAGAGAGCUUACAAGCCGUCAGGUUAAGAUACACAGUGGGCAUUUAUCAAAGCAAGUGCAGAACUGGGAUGAAAUCCACAAGGUAUUGAAAGGAACCCAGUAUGAGAGCUUCCUUCAUCUGGACUAUCAAAGAUAGGUGUCAACACUACUGAGAAAGAUGUACAUAGAUCAGUUUUUGCAGCAAGAAACAGACGACACCCUUUCCUUCCCUCUUUUAUCCUUUUCUGUUACACUAUUUCCGCCAUUAAUGAGUAGAAAUUGAGCUCAUGUUUUGGACUGUUAAUUUGAUUCCAUUUAUUCGUAUAGAUAAUAAAUGUCAGCAUCCAUUAACUCA